UACGGGAAGUGUAGAGGUACAAUUUGUAUGCCGAAUGGCAGAGCCUUGUUAGCUAAUUUCUCCGAACGUCAUGGCAGCACAUUUGAAAAAACGAGUUUAUGAGGAAUUUUCUAAAGUUGUUCAGAUUCCUCAUGAAGAAGCUCCGGCCAAGAAGCUGCGCCUGUCCAAACCCAGUAAGUCUGCCGCUCUGCACAUCGACCUCUGCAAAGCCACCAACUCCACCGAUGCCCUGCAGUACCUGCUGCAGUUCGCACGCAAACCCGUGGAGGUGGAGAGCGUGGAGGGCGUGAUCAGGAUCCUGCUGGAGCACUACUACAAGGAGACGGAUAACUCUGUGAGGCUGAAGAUCGCCUCUCUGCUGGGUCCGCUGUCCAAAACACACGGCUUCAAUCCUGACUGCAUUGUUGAUGACGCCAUUAACACACUCGGCAAUGAGAAGUCCCACCAGGUCCUUGCUCAGCUGCUGGACACUCUGCUGGCCAUUGGAGCACAGCUACCUGAGAGUCCUGCAGUCAGACUGAGGCUCGUUGAGGUGGCCUACAAGCAUCUAUCUGAUACGUAUUUUGGGGUGAGGAACAAGUGUCUGCAGCUCCUGGGAUGUCUCGGCUUAGUGGACACGCCUCUGACUAAAGACAGCGAGGGACCAGGUUCUUCACAAGGAGCAGUGAGGGACGUUCAGAGCAUCAUCAGCAACUACUUUGCAGAUCAGGACCCCAGAGUGCGCACCGCUGCCCUUAAGGCCAUGCUGCAGCUUCACGAGAGAGGAAUGAAGAUUCAUCAGAUUAUUUACGAACAGGCCUGCAGGUUGCUGUCGGAUGAUUACGAGCAGGUCCGCUCUGCUGCUGUGCAGAUGGUUUGGGUGCUCAGCCAGCUGUACCCAGAAAGCAUCGUGCCCAUCCCGUCGUCCAACGAGGAGAUCAGACUGGUGGACGACGCCUUCGGGAAGAUCAGCCACAUGGUCAGCGACGGCUCCUGGAUGGUUCGAGUGCAGGCCGCCAAAACCCUGGGUUCGAUGCUGCAGGUCAGUCCUCACUUCCUGGAGCAAACGUUGGAUAAGAAGCUCAUGUCAGACCUCAGAAGGAAACGCACGGCCCACGAACGAGCCAAAGAGCUCUUUGCUUCCGGAGAGUUCUCCUCGGGCAGGAAGUGGGCCGAUGACGCUCCCAAGGAGAGACUGGACACCAACACGGUGAACCUCAUCGCCUCAGGCGCCUGUGGGGCGUUCGUUCAUGGCCUGGAGGACGAGAUGUUUGAGGUGCGCAUUGCGGCGGUGGAAGCGCUGUGCCAGCUCGCCCGCUCGUCUCCGAGCUUCGCAGAGAAGUGUCUGGACUUCCUGGUGGACAUGUUUAACGAUGAGAUCGAGGAGGUGAGGCUGCAGUCCAUCCACGUGCUCAGAGAAAUCUCCACCAACAUAACGCUCCGAGAGGAUCAGCUGGACACGGUGCUGGCCGUCCUAGAGGACUCGUCUCGGGACAUCAGAGAAGCCCUCCAUGAACUACUCUGUUACACCAACGUCUCCACUAAAGAGUGCGUCCAGCUGGCUCUGCUGGAGCUGCUCAAGAACCUCAACAAGUAUCCCACGGACCGCAACUCCGUCUGGAAGUGUUUGAAGUUUCUGGGUUCACGCCACCCGACGCUGGUGUUACCGCUGGUCCCUGAACUGCUCAGCACACACCCGUAUUUCGACACACCAGAACCGGACAUGGACGAUCCGGCCUACAUCGCGGUUCUGGUUUUGGUGUUCAACGCUGCAAAGUCGUGUCCCACCAUGCCGGCGCUGUUCUCUGACCACACCUUCAGACACUACGCCUACCUGAGGGACAGUCUGUCGCACCUCGUGCCGCCGCUCAGACUGCCGGGCAGGAAGCAGGUCUACAGUUUGGACUCCGUGGACUCGAGCUCUGGUUCUGGUUCCGUGGAGUCGGCCCAGCUCUUCCUCCAGCAGAGUCUCGACAGAGUCAGCACCGUCCAGAACCUGGAGUCACCCGGAGCUCAGGACCUGCUGAACUUCACCGUACGGGACCUGCAGCGGCUCGGUGAGCUGCAGACAGAACUCGCAGGAGCUGCUGAUUUCUGUGCUACGUACCUGCGCUGCCAGCUGCUGCUCAUGAAGGCUCUGCAGGAGAAGCUGUGGAACAUGGCCGUCCCUCUCUGCCUCAAACAGAACGUCACCGCCACCGCAGCGGCUCAGCAGAUCCUGGAGGAGACCUACAAGCUGGAGUUUCUGUACAGCGGUUUGGAGAGCAGACAGGUGGCCACCAUCCACCACGUUCGCCUCCAGGCCAAGGCUCUGCAGCUCGUCCUGCUGGCUCGCAGCAGACAGGGCGUGGAUCUUCUCAUCAGCAGCUGCGAGAGGUUUCUGCAGGAGGUGGAGUCUUUUCAGAGGCUGUUCCUGCCGGAGCUGCCGCACCUCCAGGACAGUUUUGUGGAUAAACUUUUGGAGCUGAUGCCUCGGCUGUCGUCCUGCAAACCUGCAGAACUGGUGAAGAUCCUCCAGGCGACCCUGAGACAGAGCGGCCCUCUGCAGCUCAGACUGCCCGAGCAGAUCCACCGAGCGACAGCCACCAUCAUAGAGCCCACGGGGGAGUCCGACAACCCGCUGAGGUUCACCACCGGCCUGGUGGUGGCGCUCGACAUCGACGCGACGCUGGAGCACGUCCAGGACCCCCAGAACACCAUCAAAGUGCAGAUUCUGUACCCGGAUGGUCAGAGUCAUGUGAUCCACCCCAAACCUGGAGACUUCAGGAAGCCCGGGCCCGACCGACACAGACUCAUCUCACAGGUGUACUUGUCCCACACGGCGUGGACGGAGCCGUCACAGGUGGAGGUGCGCCUCCUGCUGGCCUACUCCUCCCCCUCUCCUCCUCCCAACAGGCUGGGGUGGAGCGACAGCAUCGACAGCCCCCCACCAGCAGCGCCCGCCGUCGAGGGAACGAUUCCGUUCAGCAAACCCGUUAAAGUCUUCAUCAUGCCCAAACCUGCCCGACGUUAACGGACUUCUAAAUCAGAGACGACACUUUCAAAACAUUUUCAGACAAAACAAUAAUUUAUUGUUUUAUUUAAAAAAAA